AAUGCGCGCGCGCACCUUUUUUCCUAUCAUUUCCAAUUCGAAUACCGUCAACCACGGAUGGUUCGAACCGAUUCCAUUUUCUAUUUUUAAUUUCGCGCGCCAUUUCGAAAUAAAACCAAAACGUCAAUGUCACUUUUACCGCGCAAACGUGAUCGUCAAUUUGUCCGUGAUGUAAUGUUGCUUUUAUAAAAAUUAAUGUGAUAAUGAACUUGUAGUAUUUUUGUGUUGUAAAUAUGGCAGUGAAAUGGUAUAGAAGUGUUGUUGGUAGUGUGAUAAUAUUUUAUAUAUUAUUCAAUGUUUUUCGAAGUUGUGAUGGCUACAGCCCAAGAGAAUGUGGCGUUCCCCUCCGAAGGCAUACGAGGCAACCUCGCGAGAGAUCAGCGGGACAGUUGAGGAUCAUUAAAGGAAGAGAAUCCAAAAGAGGAGCAUGGCCGUGGCAGGUAUCUCUCCAACUCUUGCAUCCAAACUACGGUCUGAUCGGCCACUGGUGCGGUGGAGUGCUCAUACAUCCUCUGUGGCUGCUAACUACCGCACACUGCAUUCACAACGAGCUCUUCAACCUCCCAGUGCCAGCACUCUGGACAGCAGUGCUGGGGGAAUGGGAUCGCGCUGAGCAGAGAGGAGCCUACCUUCCUGUCGAGAGGAUCGUGCUGCAUCACCGCUUUCAUAACUAUCAGCAUGACAUUGCGUUAAUGAAGCUAACAAGACCAGCAGAUGUCAGCCCCGGGAGUCGAAUCCGCACCAUCUGUCUCCCUCCCUUCGAACCCACAGUUACCAACCCCAACACAGAACGAAGCUACACUAAGCCAGAGAAACGAAAACCCAAACCCAGACCUAACCCCGAUACAGCAAAUAAAUACCUUGAAAAACUCAACAAUUUAACUAAAAACGUGUUUUCAGCAUUUUCCAAAAAACACAAAAACAUGAAAUACAACGUCAGAGUAGCAAACGAACAAACAGAAAGGAAGACAGAUGAACAGCGAAGCGAUGAUAAUAGAGAUAUUAUUUACGACAGUGCCACGUUAGAUAGUGUGAUAAAACUAAUUAAAGCUAAAAUAGACGAUAGAGAACCCAAUUAUAGAAAUGGUAAAAACGAAGAAAAUGAUGAAAUAGUAACAAGUGAAAGAAGUAUAGAUCGAAGUGAUAAAAAACUAAUGUUUGGUGAAGAAAUAGAUCCAUUUAUAGAUGAUAACAAUGGUAUAGAUGAAAAAGAAGAAUGUUAUACUACAGGGUGGGGAAGGGAACAGACAAACGGGACUCUAACUGAUGUUCUCUUGGAGGCAGAAGUACCAAUAUUGCCCUUAACGUUAUGUAGGGAUAAGUAUUCAUUGACUUUGCCGCUCAAUGAGGGACAUCUUUGCGCUGGCAGCACUGAUGGUACUACUGGAGCGUGUGUGGGCGACAGCGGAGGCCCGCUCCAGUGCCGGAGCACCCGCGGGCGCUGGGAGCUCCGGGGCCUCACGUCCUUCGGCUCGGGCUGCGCUAGACGCGGAGUGCCCGAUGUGUACACUAAUGUGGAGCACUAUGUGGCGUGGAUUUAUGCGCAUGUUUAUGCUAGUUAGGGAAGAAGAACAAUAAAGAAAAUGGUGGAAGACUAGAAAAGAGCGUGCUAGAUUGUGUAUAGAAAGAAGAAAGGAAAAAAUAAAAUAUCACUAAAAAAAUAACGUCGAUUAAGCAUGUAUUCUGUUUGUGUGAAAAAAAUUCUGAAAGAAAAGUGAUAGAUUUGAUUGUAAAAUUUUAUAGAGAAUUUAUUUACAUUAACACAGAUAGAAAACAGUGAUUGUAAUAGAAUUUAUUUUUUGUUAGCAAAUUUUGUAACAUUUUAUAGAUAAUUUAUUUACAUUAAUAAAGGCUCCAUACAGGGCCCAUUACCGAAUGAGAUACCUUAAUAAUUAUUCAUAUUAUGUUGACUAAUAUUAUUUAAAUAUUUAAUUUAAUAAUAUAUUAUGAGUUGAAUAAAAUUAUUAUUAGUGUAUAUUCACCACCGUGCCAGUGAUUUUGAUAAUUCAUAGUCACGUAAGUUUAAAAAUUAAAAUACCUUUAGUAUUAUUAAAUUUGAUAUUUAUUGUAGGUUUUUAUUUACUGUAGGAUUUAAAGUGGAUUACGAUACAAAUCAUAAUAUUAAGGUGUAUAUAUUUUUCAUUUAUUUUCUAAUCUCUCUGUGGAAUUUAUGUAUCUAAUAUUGAAAAUGAAAAUUUUGUAACGCUUCCAGACAAAACUCUAAACAAAUAAAUUACCUUUGAUUACAGAAACUAAUUAAAUUUCUCUAAGCUGAUGAUGAGGUAAAAUAUGUUUUAUGUUGCAAUAACUACAUCAUAUUUUUAAGAAAUAUGGUAACUGUUAUAAUCAUUACAGGAUAUGAAAAGCCUUAAAUAUUUUUAAUUUUAUUUUCAAUUAGUUUGUCAUAUUCUAA